AGAGCUUGAAGAAAAAAGCUAACUUGCUCGAGCUACAAUUUCGUAAACUAUUCGAGUUCUUCACCAUCAAAAUGUCCAAACUAGAGGUGUUCAGGGAUUUUAUCACUGAGCGAUUAACAACGGCAGUUUUUGAGAUAUUUAGGGCAGCUGAAAAUGCGUUUGCCGAGUUUGAAGAGGAGAUUUCUCGUUCGAAGGAGGAGAGCGCGCGACUGCAACGGUUGUUGGACAUUGUCAUUCAACCUGAAAUCAAGAUUCACCGAGCAGAUGUGCAGCAGCUCUCUCUCCCGGAGCCCCCACAGAUUAAAGAGGAACAGGAGCCGUGGACCAGUCAGGAGGAAGAGCAGCUCCAAGGACUGCAGUCUGAAACUACAGACUCCAUGUUCACUUCUACCAGUGUGAAACAGGACUGGGAUCAAGAAGGCUUUUCUGAAUGUUCACAUCUUGACCAGACUGUGGAGAACAGAGAAGGAGACUCUCUACCCAGCAACACAACUGAGGAGCAAAUCAAAGCAGAGACUGAUGGAAAAGACUAUGCAGCAUCCGACCCAGGCAGUGACUCUCAGCCCCUCUCUGUUGUAGCUCCAGACUGUCCUACAGCUCAGAGUUUGGAGGAGGAGGAACAUGGAGGAGUGCUGCUGUUUCGGAACAGAACACAAAACAUUGAGGCUCAGCCAAGGGAAAAUAUCCCACAGAGACGUCACACAGGAAAAAGAAUACAUCAGUGUCAACAAUGUAACAAAACCUUUAGUAAAAAAAGUAAGCUGGUUAUUCAUAUGAGGAUACACACAGGAGAGAAACCGUAUCAAUGUCAGGAAUGUAACAAACGUUUUUCUCAGAGAGGUCAUCUGGUUACUCAUAUGAGGACACACACAGGAGAGAAACCAUAUAAAUGUCAGGAAUGUAGCAAACUCUUUUCUCAUAGUUCUUCUCUGGAAAAACACAUAAGGACACACACAGGAGAGAAACCUUUUCAAUGUCAGGAAUGUAGCAAACUCUUUGCUCAAAGUGGUUCUCUGGACAAACACAUAAGGACACACACAGGAGAGAAACCUUUUCAAUGUCAGGAAUGUAGCAAAAGAUUUAGCGUGAAGUCUAAUUUGGUUGGACACAUGCGGAGACACACAGGAGAGAAACCAUAUAAAUGUCAGGAAUGUAGUAAACUCUUUGAUCAAAGUGGUUCUCUGGAAAAACACAUAAGAACACACACAGGAGAGAAACCUUUUCAAUGUCAGGAAUGUAGCAAAAGAUUUAGCAUCAAGUCUAAUUUGGUUGGACACAUGAGGACACACACAGGAGAAAAACCAUAUCAAUGUCAGGAAUGUAGCAAACUCUUUUCUCAAAGUGGUUAUCUGUAUAAUCACAUGAAGACUCACAGGUGAAAAACCGUAUCACUGUCAACAAUGUAAUAGAUAUUUUGCUGUGAGGCUGAGUCCUAUACUAGGAAGUAAGUUCAAUAUACCUGGUAUAUAUUGUAUUUAGCUGAUUUCACUAAGCUUAAAAACAGGGAAAUAUAACAUUAAACAAAUAUAACAUAACAAUGUUACAAUAUAAUCACGGCUAUUAGCAACACCAUUGCUGUUGUGAAAAGCAGGAAGGAAAGCUGUCUAAAAGUUAACAUGACGACCCACACUGGAGAGAAGCCCUACAGCUGUGACCUCUGUGAUCGAACCUUUUAGCCGGCUGGCAAUUUCAGAGCUCACUGCAGGACCCACACAGGAGGGAAACCCUACAGCUGCCCACACUGUGACUAUGUGAAACAAAUAGCCAAUUAAACAUUCACCUGCGUAUCCACAAUAGAGAAACUUCAAAGCAGUGAUGUCUGGGGCCAAGUUGUCCCAACAGUCACCACGUGCGAGAACCUCUGUAUGACCCAUGGCUGGAAGAACUACUGGUCCACCUACUGGGACAGCACAUGCAGUAACACCAGCUCUACAGUCCAACAUGACAGCUCACAGGAAAGAUACUAUACCCCUGUAGUGAUGAAGGGAAGCUGUGUCAUACUGCGUAUACUGUUAGUAAAACAAUGACUGACACUUUCACAUUUUUAAACUACAUGGAUUUGUUUGGUUAAAAGUGGCUGGUAAUGUAAGUAUAGGAGCUCUUGAAGGACAUAUAUGUUGUUCUAAACACACCUUGAACAUGUAUUAGCAUUUCCAGGGACACCAGACUUGGUGGUUCUGAUGCAGAGUGUUACUGUGUCUCUCACCAAGUGAUCGCUUGCUUUGGUUUUCAGACUGUACUGAAUAUAUUUCAGAUGACACUGACUUCUGAAUAUGUUCAAUCUGUCUAUAUUGACUUGGAUCACCUACAUACUGUUAGACUUAGAACUAUGAACUUUCAUGCUGUACUUUCUAUAUACAGAAUUGAUCCAGGUUGAUACUGUUGUCUUCAUGAUCACCUGGUUUCAGUCUGUUGGCUUUGUUGAAUUAGAUAAAUACAAAGCCCUUUUGUAAGAAUGAUUCUAAAGGGAAAUAAAAAUAAAGUUGUGACCCAC